UCCAUUUGUCUUGGCUUCCAACACAUAAGAAAAUUGCAAUCUGAGUCCUUUACUGACCAUGUGAGAACUUUUAAAGAAAAAAUGUCCGGCCGACUAGCACCCAGAAGAGAUGUGUACUGGCCUGGACAAGUGAAAUUCUUCGAGCUAGAGAAUUUUUUUUUUAUUUACAAAGCUCUCCUUCAAAUAUCCAACACUUGAAAAAAAGAAGAGAAAAUACCAACUUUUCUUUCCUUCUUCCCUCCCGUGUAUAUAUCCCAUUUCCUCUUCCCUUGCCGUACAAACCACUUCCUCUCUCUAAAAGUUAGUUUUUUUUUUCUUUUUCCAAUUUUCUGUUCUAAUCCCCAAAACCCUUUUCCAAUAUUUGUAAAUUUAUAUAUAAUAUGCGUUGUGUUAAGCAAUUGAAAAUUUAAUUUCUUCGUUUAGCAAUGGGUUCUACUUCAGCGAACGCCGGAGCAGGCUCUCCGGUACCGGAGCCGACACCGGCUCCGAUGACUGCCUCAAAUGCGCCACCACCUUUUUUGAUGAAGACUUAUGAUAUGGUGGAUGACCCGAGUACUGACAAGAUCGUUUCGUGGAGUCCUACCGACAGUAGCUUUGUCAUUUGGGAUCCACCGGAGUUCGCAAAGGAGUUACUGCCCAAGUAUUUCAAGCACAGUAACUUCUCCAGCUUCGUUCGUCAGUUGAACACUUAUGGCUUUAGAAAGGUUGGUUCGGACCUCUGGAAAUUUUCUAAUGAUGGAUUCAUAAGAGGUCAAAAGCAUCUGCUUAGAAAUAUUAGCAGGCGCAAGCCUGCUCAUGGACAGAGUCAACAGCAGCAGCGGCAGCUGCAUGGUCAGAGUGCGUUUGUUGGGGCUUGUGUCCAGGUUGGAAAGUUGGGGCUUGAGAAAGAGGUUGAGUGGCUGAACAGGGACAAGAAUGUGCUUAUGCAGGAGUUGGUUAAGCUGAGACAACAUCAGCAGACUACCGAUAAUCAGAUGCAAACCAUGGUACAGAACCUUCAGAUUAUGGAGCAGCGGCAGCAACAGAUGAUGUCGUUCCUGGCAAAAGCUGUUAACAGCUCUGGAUUCUUGGUACAAUUUGUACAGCAGAAAAAUGACAACAAUAAGAGCAAGAUGGAAGGAAACAAGAAAUGCAGGAUUAGACAAGAUAUUCCUUCAGAUGAUCAUUCUGUUAGCCCUGCUGAUGGACAGCUUGUGAAGUACCAACCUAUAAUGAAUGAGGCAGCGAAAGGAAUGUUAAGGCAGAUACCAAAACUAGAUUCUUCUCCUAGGUUAGAGAACUUCAGCAACAGUCCUGAAAGUUCACCGAUUGGUGAUGCAUUAGAUGGUGGAAGUAACAAUCGAAUUUCAGGAAUCACUCUUCAGGAAGUUUCACCCACUUUUUCCCAGCCGUUUGCAAGUGCAACUUCAGCUAUUGCAGAACAAAGUUCAUUGUCUGCCAACAUUCAGUUUUCAGAGAGCAGUUCCCUGGUUGGAGCUGAAGAUUCACCUAUUUUACCAUAUUCAUCAGAUAUUAUUAUGCCCGUGACCUCACAGUUACAAGAAAUUGUGCCUGAAAACAAAAUGGAUAUUAAUGGAUCAGAGACAGGCAAUGGUUCUUUCAUAGAUUCCACAUUGUGGGGAAAUGGAAACUUCCCAUUAGAAAUUGAUAUUUUUCCUCCUGACCUUCAAAUCAAGUGGCAAAGUACUUUGAUUGACGAUAUAGGAGAGCCUCCUAGUGUGGGUGAUCCCUCCUGGGAAAAGUUUCUUCAAAGCCUAUACCCUACUGAGACAGAGGAGAUAGGCUCGGUUGAAAUAGACGAUAUUAAGACUACUGAAACAGAGCCACUAAAGAAUGGAUGGUACAAUGUUCAGCACAUGGAACAUCUUACUGAGCAAAUGGGGCUACUAGCAUCAAACACUAAAAAAGUAUGAUCGGUCACCAAAGAAAAUGUACGUGAGGUAGCGGAAGUGUGCAUCCAAAAGGAUUAACCCUUGCUGUCCUCCCUUGAGUUUGAGGCAUCCAACUACAUACAGCUUGCUGAAUAAAAGGAUGCUCGAGUAGCUCGUCCGAUGUCCAUCUUCUUGCAGGAUCCUUUAUCAAACACUAGUGUAAAAAAUCUCUAGCUAUCUCAGAAACAUAACUUGGAAUCUCAGGGUCUUCAUCAUUCAUAAUCUUCCACUGUGAAUCUUUUUUGUCACAAUGAAUCCAAAAUCGAUUCCCAGUCAUCAUCUCUGCCAUAGUGCACCCUAGCGACCAUAUAUCAUAAGGUAUGGCAUGAAAACCACUGGUCAAAGAUUCUGGGGGCGCGUAAAGUAGAGUCCCUCGAUUUCUCAACGUUUUUCCAGUCAUAUAUGCCAUUCCUUCAGCAAUUCUCAACGACAAUCCAAAGUCGGCCAACUUCAACUUGUGCAUCUCACCACGUUCAGCAUUAUCGAAAACCAAAACAUUAGCAGGUUUAAUAUCACAACGAACCCACCCUUUGUUAUGAACGUGUUGAAUACCCUUCAAGAGUUGAUAUGCAUCGAAACCUACUUCCAAUUCUGACAUCUUUAUCAUUUCUCUCUUGGAAUUGAUUAUCAAAUCGUGUAGUGAUCCAUCAGAUGCAUAUUCAAGAAACAAAUUGUAAGUUGGAAUAUUAUCAUUGUCGGUGCUGAAUUGAACAACGUAUGGACAACCUUUGAGAGUUGUCAAGAUUUGUGCUUCUUGUUGGAGUGAAAUUGAAUGGCUAAUAUCAACACAUUUAACAGCAGCAACGGAAACACCUAAAGAAGAAGAAUGGACGUUGACAGCAAAAUGACACUGCCGUAAGAGCCAGCACUAGGGCUGUACAGGACAAACCGAUAAACCGCAUCAAACCGACAAAUCGAACCAAAUCGGAAAAAAAACCCGACUAGUGGUUUGGUUUGACU